AUGGACUCAGCUGGUGAACUGUGCCGAGAUGCCAUCUAUGAAGUGCUAACACGCUCAUCAAUGGAGACUGUGGGGAAAUGUAGGCUUUUGUCUAAAGAGUACAACAAAUUGACCUACGAAUCCCUUUUCACAAAGCUGCACAGUCAAAGAACCGCCAUUGUCUCCGGUUUCCUUAUCCAAAGCAUGAUCAAGAACGAAUAUCAGGUUUUCUUUGUUUCAACUAACGGUUUGAAGAACCAUCCACAAAUAUCCUUUGAUUUUCUUCCAGAACACGUGAAGAUUGUGUCAUCAACGAAUCAAGGAGUCCUACUUUGUCACGCACAUAAUAAAUCAUGUUAUUAUGUGUGUAUCUCGUCCAUCCAACAGUGGCAAAAAGUCCCAAAUCCAAAGGCACGAUAUGAUACUAUAGAAUCUGGCCUAAUGGUUGAAAGGUUAAAGCCUUUACGAUACAAGAUUGUGAGAUUUUCGGAGCCCAAGUUUCGCUCACAUAGAGAAUUCUAUAUGUACCACUGCAUUAGAGUUGAGUUGUUUGAAUCAGCAACUUGGAAAUGGAAGCUGUUGGAUGAAGUGAAGUUGCCUCAUGAAGAGUCCCUUCAUCGCAUGACAAAAGUAUCUGUAAAUGGCUCACUUCAUUGGCUCACUUGGAAGAGAAACGUCUUUGCAUUUGAUGUAAAAAAGGAGAGUCAUUGUUUGUUCCCACUUCCCCUGCCAGCCUCUGAGGGCAAUGAUGUCAGACUUACUGAAUACAAAGGAAAGCUCGCUAUGACCUGCAUCGAUAGGGCGAGAAAUUUCAUGAAAGUAUGGAUCAUGAAGGAUCAUGACAGAAAACAAUGGAGCAAAAGGCAUUCGAUAAACAUAGGGGUUUUAACAAGGAAAAACCCCCACGUAAGUCCUUUGGCCUUCUGCAAUGCUGAUGUUGUGCUGAUGGGAGAAUAUUUUCCUGAUGUGAUAUUCUUCAACUUUAAGACUGGGCACAUUGAUAUGUUGCGAUUAAGGAAGGGUCUGCUCCAUGGAUGCUUCCCAUUUCAGCUCACCUUUGCCACCAAGGAAAAAGCACAGUUAGUUCAUUGCCUCAAGGCAUGA